GCCAAGCUUAACGAGCGAUUGUAUUUCCGAAAGGUGAAGGUCUUUAUGCUAGGAAAGGGAAAUUUUUUCUCUCGCCAGUUUCAUUGCACAUUUAGUCUCGUUUGAUGAUCGACGAACGUCAUGGAUCCACCUUUUGAUUGUAAUAGACACGUACCUCCACUGAGAUCUUUUUGGGUUUGGUUCUGUUUUGUCUUGUUAGGUAAGCAUUUGUGCCUAAAUUAUAGCAUUUUUGCAAGCUAUCUUACUCGUAUAAGGUAUUUUUAGGUCAAACGUUGUGUUCUGUCCCCGUUAUUGUGACAUGUCUUUGGUCAAAACCGAGGUAAAUUUAAUAGGAAAGCACUUUGAAGUUUCUAUUUGUGUGUAUUUGAGAUGGUAGCGAGUUCGAUUAUAGAAUCUAGAGUUGUUGUCUGUGACCAAUUCGAAAUUGAAAAAAAAAGCAAAUGUGCGCUCGCAUAAUCGGCGGCGUUUGCUUUGUUGUCUGUAAUCUUCUCGCUUGUUCCCUUUACUGCUGAAGAAGCUUAUUAGAAGCGCUCGGAGGGAUCCAUGAUUCUUUCAGUAGUAUGGCUGUUGUCAAUCGUAGAUGAUCGAACGCUUCGCGGUGGGGAAUUAAUUUACUCCCGAUGGAGGAGAUAGAGAAAUGUUUUUCGCGUCUCUCUAACGCGUGCUUUUCACUCAUUUUUCUUCAGGAUCGCAUCUCCCACUAUCGCUGUCAGUAAAUCUACAAUGGCAAACUCAACCAUUGUCACAAACUGUGGAGGAAGGCAACACUACUACAUUUUCUUGUUCGGCGCAAUACAUCAAAAAGAUACAGGAGUACGACUGGGAAUUUAAUAAUCAAUCCUUACCAGGAGACAGUCGUUUUGUUAAAAAGGACGAUGGUAAAAUGUUAGAAAUAUCUAACGUUAAGUUUGAGGAUCGAGGGAACUAUAGAUGUGUGGCCAAAAGGAGAGGGAAAACUCUGGGCACGAGUCAGAACGCGGCCUUAAAUGUAAAAGGUAAGGAAGCAGUACCAAGGUUUGCUUGCAUGAAAUUUAGGGCGUACGUCUUUCCGGUGGAGUUGGUUCCUCGGUAUAUCUCAAGAUUUCUGGCGACUUGUUUUCUCUUUCUCGUGGGGGGGCAUUAAAUAGAUUAUUGUACAUUGGGUUGCACGCAUGGUGAAACGGUAAAUUGAUCGAUAAGGGCGAUUUAUUGUUGGUCAGUGUCUUGCAAAAGUAUUAUGGAGUGUUAAUUUCCUUCAGUCGUAUUCUUCCCAUUGCGUCAGGAAAAAAAUCAAAUAAUCUGUUUUUGUUUUUUUGCCAGGUAGAAAUCAAUAAGUCGCACUUAAAUCUUCGAUUUAGUUCAAGUCAUUAUGCGGUCGAAUCUUGAAUGCUAUUGUUUCGAUUUUACGUAGCUCAACAUAUAUGGCGCUCGCGGUAUGUUAUAGAGUUUCCUAAUGUUUGUACGACACACUUGAUUCAAGUUCAAGUUUGUUUAAUCUAGUUCCCAAUUCAGAUCAUUUGAGCUGUAGCUGUGGGUUUCUCGAACACAAGUGUUCGAAUCUGAUGGAAAUUUCCACGCGGUCAUAACAUUUUGAAUAAGCGACAUAUUUUGUGGUAAUUUCAAACUUCCCAUCUGGAUCAAUUUUCUGUUCAACCGCGCCGAGGAAAUUUGUUUGGUAUGAAGUUGUUUGUGAAUGGAUCCAACCUCGUGCAAAUAUACGAUUACAUGGUUACAAUCGAAUGCUCUCCUAAUUCAGAGAUGAUGAAACGCCACAUGUUGUGCUCAAAAUAGAUAAGAUACAGACAUUUAAGUGUUCUACUCAAAUCACUAGUGCAUUACAAUGGUUUUGAAUUGGUUCUUCGGUUAGAGACGUCAAGUUUACUGGCGGAUGUGUUUAUUUGAGUGUAUUAUCAAGACGAAUAUCAUUUUUUGUCGCCCUUUCGAAGUCACAGACGCUGGAUACAGCUUUUAAUUAUUGAUAACGUGCUGACGAUUUUUUUUUUGCAAUACAGCUGUGAAAGAACUCUAUUGUCAAACAGCUGUUAUGUCGUGGGGUAAAUUGCCAACAUAUAAAUCAUAAUAUGAUUUUCGGAGAUUACAUAAAAAACUUCACAAAUCUUGAGGAAGUCUUUUGCGAUGUGAUAAAUCUCAAUACCGCCGAAGAGAGAGAGAAGAUUUAUUUUUUUAUGAAUUGAAGCAAUUUUUUUUACCAUGAAUGCGAAUGGAAAUUUGCGGAUUUUAAGAUGAACUGACUAAAUGUCGAGACAAAUUAUAGUUUAAUAAAUUCAUCACUCGAACAUGCAGACGUAAUUAGUUCUAUGUUGAUUUAGUGUUCUGUUGUUGCAACAAUGUAGUUAAUUCAUUUCUAACUUUUUGUAGAAGUUUUGAACUUACGAAACGACACAAGUGACAACAAAUAAAUAUCCUCACAGAUACUAUGGAUACUGCUCUGAGAAACUUGCAUAUCAUUUCUCUUUUUGCCUUGAGGGCAUACAAGAAAACUAUGGAACUUAAAAGAGCAUGGUUUUUUGGGACUGUGGUUGCUACAAAAAUAAAACUCACCAUAUAAAUUCUUUUAACCUGUAGUUUUGAAAGAGGCUAGAAGAAUGUCUGUCCAUUUUUCACAGAAUUUACUUUUUCAAGGAGGAAAAUGAAUAAUUUUCAGGCUCUUUUUGAGUCUUUUGAACUUUAGCCUUGAGGCUAGUGGCAAUCUAGUCAAUGGGAUGAAAGGUUUCAGUUCUUUUUUUAUUAUUAUCUUUCUGGAAGGGAGUAGGCUUAUAAAUGUAUCACUGAAUUUCAAGUAUCUCAAAAUCUGUCGCAUUCUGUAAUCUGGGUGGUUUAAGAUUUGCCCCACCCAGGAAAUAUUAAAUACUUAACUAUGAAACAAUAAUAACAUGAUCUCAGAUAUCGUGCAUUUUCAAGUCUGCUUGAUGAAAUAAACCUAGCAGUCAUCCUUCGAGGGAUUUUAGAGAUGGACGUGAAUUCUUGGUGUCUUCUUCAUUAAAAAAACAUGCAAUUCUGCUAGUAUUGAAAUAUUAAAGGCACCUUAAUCAGGUCAUGUUAUACUUACAUGGAUGUUCUUAGAGAGAGAGAAUAAUUAUGAGGCUAUGAGGUAAUGUUCUCAUGAAGUAAAAUAAAGUUUUGUCCAUGUUUUAUCGGCAAAUUUUAAAGGCGUCCCUACAAAUACCAUCUAGCAGAUGGGGACUUGAUCAUAUAUUAAUUGAUGCAGUGACUAAUUGGUCACAGACAUUUUUGUAAGGACUCUGAAGUGUUGAUUUUAUCUUAAAGUGCAAGUAUGUAAUUUGACAUUUUUUCAUGAAUUUUUGUCAGAGCACCUAUAUUAACUAGCACAUCAGACAGCCAUAUUUUAAUAAUAGAUACUGGGCAUGCCGUUGGAGCUUAAUUCUCUUUCAAAGGUUAAUGGAAAAAUGAGCUUAAACUUAGCCUCAGAAGCAGCUUAAACGCAGAUGCUGUCAUUAAAACAAAAGAAGGAUCCUAUAUGAAAUUACUUUGUCCAGUUGAGAUUGAAAUGACAUUUUCAAUAACCAUAUUAACUGUAACCCUUUUUUUUUUUUUGCCAAAAUAAACCCGCAUUUUGAGUUCUUGCGUAUUGUUUGUUUGUUGCACUGAGAAAGUGAUUUGCUUUGACAUGUGCCACAUGAGAAUGAUUCCUAUCUGUCAUUACUGUUGCAUGGCUUUUAAAGUGAUGUCAAUUAAUUGCUUUAAUCUUGUAUCUGCAUCCUUGAGGAAAAUAACAAAUGGUGCUUGAUGCCAGAUCUUUUCUUCUUUGCAGGAAUUUGCUCUGCAAUUCAAUUAAGCAUAAAGCCCACUGGCAAAAUAUUCUUAACAAAGACUGAUUUACAGCUAAGAUGUAAGUGUUACAUUUAUCCUUUGGGAACAUAUAUUUGGACAAAAGAUGGGAACGAGGUUGCCACAGAUGCGCGAGUUACUAUCAGUCGCAACAAACUGUUUAUUAACAAUGCAACUGUAGGAGACAGUGGUGAAUACUCUUGUUUAGCAAGCACCCAGGAUGGGUCAGAUAUCAGACGUGCAACAUCUCCAUUGUCAGUUACUGUAGUUGGUGAGUAUUUGGUAUACAAUCUCUGAGCUGAUACUGUAUUUAUUUAUUAUAUAUUGUAAAUUUAGACAAGCUGGCCCAGUUCAGCUUUAAAGCUGGUUGAAGUAGGGGUCUGUGUAAACAAUAACAAGGCCAGACCAUAAUGCGUGGGACUGUGUACCUUACUCUUUGCAAGAGGUGUAUGAGUGUUUUUUAUGUCUCCUGGUAACAAGUUCAAAGAAGAUGCAGGAGACAAGCUUACGGUUUAUCAUCCCUAUCCGAGAAAACCAGAUUGUCUCACCAUUUGCGGAUGUCAUAACAAAGGCAGCACUGUCUCCUCAGUUGUUUGAAGACCCUAAGUGUUGGUCCAGUCUGAGGCUUGAACCCUUGAACCCAUGACCCCUUGACCUCAUAACCUCAUAACCUCAUGACCUCCUGCACAGCAGUUUAGCACUCUACUCCAUAAGCUAAUCAAGGGCUGUUACAUUUCUCUUCUUUGAUAAGUUAACAUAUGUUUCUAAGAUGCAGAUUAUUUUAUGUUUGGGGUUAUUUUAUUGCUCUUUUUGACAAAUCACUUUAAUUCUCAUCAUGCGGUUCUACAUUAGGAGCUUAAAUGCAUACUUCUGAACAAAUUUUCAGGGAAGCUGAGGGUUGUUUGCCAUGUACAGCUGCAUUGGCAACAUUUGCAAGGCUAACAAUGGUAUUUUAUCUUGUUGGUAAAUUAACUAUCUGACAUGAGUGUCUGGAUGGUUGGUCUUGUAAGCUGUAUAUAUAGAUCUGGGUUGACUUAUUGCGUCAUUAGAUAUGCAUCAUAUUGUGUUUCAGAUAUAUGUUAGACGUUAAAUACUUAAUUCUCAAGGAACUUAUCGUACAAUUUCUCUUAUUCAAUAGAUGGACAACAUCCUCAAUUUCAAAUUCCUCCUCCAAAGGAGAGAACAGUUUUACCGGGUAGUGAAGCAGUCCUCCCUUGUAAAGCUAUCGGCAGCCCAACUCCUGAAAUAAAGUGGUAUGCAGGGAGAAGUCGUAGCCCAUUGCAAAGCUCUUCUAAGUACAGAAUUCAUGAUAAUGGGACACUGGUGAUCACAAAUGUUGACAAGCAAGAUGAAGAAAAAUACAAGUGUACAGCAACAAACUUGGUUGGGCAAAUGACCACAGAAAGUGUUUUGAGACUUGCUUGUAAGUCAAUGGCAUAUUAUUUAAUAUAUAAAAGCUUGUAAGUCAAUGGCAUAUCUAUUUAUUGGCGUGGUUUAUUCAUACUUAAAAAAGAGACUAGUGUAAAGAAUGUUUGAGGUUACUCCCAAGAAAUCUCUCUUUCUUAGAUUUCUGCUUAAAACUCUUUAAACUGCUCUAAAUUGGCAAGGAGAUGGUAUAAUUGUCAUCACAGGGGAAGUGACCAUCUUGAUUUUUUGUGCGUUUAUGUAAUCAAAUAUGUUUGAUUCCUGCUCUUUGGAGCUGUAUGCAUGAAAACCCAACCCAGGACAAAAUAAUUUUUUAAAAAAAAUCAACUUUUGAUAUCAGGUAGAAUUGUUAUUCCAUCUCAGUGUUAGGUUAUUUGUGUUUCCAAAAAAUUGUUUUUACAAGAUUCCUGAUCACUUUUUGCUCCAAACAUUCCUUCAUGAUCCUUAGGGGUUAAGGUACUUUUUCUCUAGUUUCUAAUAAUAUACAUGAAAAAAAAUUACUCAGUUCUGAUUGGUUAAGAUAAAUGCAGUUUUCAGACAAUUUAGUGCAGAAGAGAGUUAAUUCAGUGCAAAGAAAGUAACAAAUCAGACAUUCUGGUUGGUCAAUAAUCAAAGAAACUCAUGGAUAACCAAUCAAAUGUGAGCCUUGGAUGUCACAACAAAAUUUAAAAAUUUGUGAGCGAAACAAUGGCCGGUGUUUUAGGUAGGUUUUCUUUCGCCAAUGCAACUGAAACGGCUCAAACAAUGAAAAUACUGUAAAAAACACUGCUUUUUGGUUGUUGGUUUGGAAAAAGUGGUGUUUAGAGAAGGGAAUUGCUAAGGAAAUUGAAAAUUACGAACCGACCCAGCUUAACACUUUGCUCAAGCAAUCCAAUGCCAAAUUAAAAACAAGCAUGGUUAAACCUCAGAAACAACAAUUCCAUUUCAUCAAAAGUGAUUCAGACAUAGACUGAACAAUUCCUUGAACUGUUUAGCCAGACUUUGAAUUUUUUUGCGGCCUAAAGAUGUGAACAUAUCAUUGCAUAUUAUUGCUUUGAUCAUGUGUGGUUGUUUUGACCGAAUGCAUGGUUUGAAUAAAUUAUUUUUGCACUUAAUGCAUGCGCUUUUCUUAUGCUUAAGCCAUCUUGUAUUUUUUCAUGUUUAUUAUUAACACAUAAUCACAUGAUUUUUCUCGUGAAAUUUGGAAUAAAUAAGCACUUAGUAAUUUUUUCAAAGACCACAAAUUGCACUUGCCCUAUGGGCUCUUACAAUUUUGUUAGUCUUUAAAAAAAUUAACUUGUGCUUAUUUAUUCCAAAUUGCACUCAAAAUCAUGUGAUUACCUAUACAAAUCAGUCUAUUUUUUAUUAAUGUUUUUGUUGUAGUAAAAGAAAGAAAUUUUUUUUCUCUGCAGACUUGAAUGAUGUUACCCUGGACAGUACCAAAGUAUAUGUCUUAUUCAAUGACCCACUAGAAAUAACGUGUGACCCACCUGAAGCAAGGCCAGCCGCAUCAGUAACAUGGCUCAAGGCAACUGGAGAGACCCCGCCUAAAAGAUUUGAUAUAAAAGGUUGUUGUACUCUUCGGAACAAUAGAACAAAGCUUAAUGAUGCUGGAAUUUACACUUGCACAGCAAAAAACAUGGCUGGAAACAAAUCAGAGACUGUUGAAAUUACAGUUGUUGGUGAGUAUUUAUUGGCACUGGCUGUGAUGCGGUACAUGUUCACAAUGUGUGGUUAUCCUCUAUGUACAAUUGUUUGUUUGAAGUGAAACCUUGACUAUGGAUUGUUUGUUGGACUUUUUUCCCAGUUCUUCCUUGUUACUAGAUGAAACCCUGAUGGUAGAAAUGGGACAGAAGCUAUGGUACCAUGAGGCAAAGGGUUGCAGAAUUAGGGAUAUAUAACUGAUCCUCUGUUGCUCUUUAACCCUUAAGGGGUGGGCGCUUAUGUUGAGCUGGGCACUUAUUAACUUCGGGUAAUUAAAUAAAUAUGGUAAUUCCUGGGUAGUUCCUUGGCAUUUUGUCAUAUUAAAAGGUGGAAGGUGUAGUUUGUAAUUGAAACCUGAUAAGUUAUAUUAUUUUGUAUUUAGAGCAACCAAAGAUUGCUUCGAAACCCAAAGACCUAUCUAUUAAGGAAGAUGAAAAAGCUAUUCUUGACUGCAAUGCUAAAACCAGACCAACCCCCAACAUAUCCUGGUACAAAGAUGGCAAAUCUCUCAAGGUUGACAAGAAGCGGAUAUUUAAAUAUCUAAAUGGAACACUAGUCAUAAACAAAGUUAUCCCAGAAGAUUCAGGAAAAUACCAAUGUUCAGCGGAUGUAGCAUCUUGGUCAGACAGUGCGGAGGCUACUGUUGAUGUAUAUGGUAAGUAAGGUCAUGUUUUGACUGAUGAUUAGAUGGUCAUUUACAUAUCGUUCACAUAUACAUGUAACUUAUCAGCCACUAGAUGAACGAGCAACAAGACAAAAUGGAUAGAAACAGGGUAGAUGCUAAUUUGGUCAAUUUUCCUUCUUUUCAGCAAAAGUAAAGCUGCGAGGUAUCCAUACCAACCAAGUGAAUGCCAACCUACACAAACCUCAAAAGAUCCGAUGUGACUUUGAUGGACACCAACCCAUUACAGUUACCUGGAAAAAAGAAGGAGGUGUAAAUAUUGAUCCAAAACGAGUGAGACAAGAAGAAAGCAUGUUGAUUUUUGAACAAAUUGAGAAAGCAGAUGAGGGCCAUUACUGGUGUAAGGGUGAAAAUUCCUUCAGCAGUGCGGAGAGCUAUGUUAACAUUUCUGUUUAUGGUAAGAUCAUAAUCAAAUUAUUAUGGGCAAGUGGAAUUAAAAUUUUAACAAUUUUACUGAAGUGAUAGUGCAUUCACUGUUAUGCACAUCCUCGUUAUUUUUGUCACGGCUGAAAUAUAGUGAUUUUUCAACAGUGUAUCCCACGUUUGUCCUGCGGCCGAAGAACACGACGGCUUAUGUAGACGAUCAUUUGUGGCUCCAUUGUAACGCAUCAGGUGAUCCUAAACCCAAGAUCAGUUGGAGCAAAGAAGCACAAGGAGGGGACAAGCUGGAUAGAGAGCGUUUCAUUCUGUUCCCUAAUGGAACUCUUCACAUCAAGAAGGUGCAAUUCGCUGAUGAGGGCAGGUACUAUUGCAUCGCCGCAAACCAUGCUGAAAUGAAACAGAGCAAAUUCAGUCUUAAAGUACAAGGUAAGUUCACUUCUGUUGUAUGUCACAGCGUUUUAUUUUCUUUUGCUAACCUGACACCUCAAGCUUUGCCCUCUUUUCUCUGUAGGUUUUUUUUUUUUGGAGGGGAGGAGGGGGUUGGGAUUGUUAAAGUGGCUGGUGAUGUUAAUCUUUGCUCAGCUUGGUCGUUUUUAAAACUUUGGUUUUUGUUUUAUUACAUUCAGUUGAAAGCUGUUCUAAUAAAAGUCACUAAUCCGUGAUUUUUUUUAUCAUUACAUUGGACAGCUCAUCCCGUCGCCAAAGUUAACAAAUCGACAGCCUCAAUGGCUCGCACAAUAGGAAUUGCAGUCGGGUGUGCUGCAGCUUACAUUGUUCUGGUGGUGGGUUUGAUGAUCUACUGUAAAGGGCGGCGGGCCAGGCAAAACAGGAAAGAAGAGGUCUUACCUCCAGAAUGUGAAAACUGUAAGUGUUGUAGGUUCUUGAAUCAACAACAGAAGCAUUCUUGCUUCAUCUAUUUGACGAAGCUUUUAUGAUAACAAAACGAGCCUGCUAAAGACAUCCAGUUAGUUACUAGGGUGAUAAAAUUAACCGGUUUUAGCCAGAGCACGUUGAUCAGAAAGACCCUUCACGUUGGUGCCUGACUUUCUGUAAUGCAGUAAUAAAGAAUGAAAACACUGUUUUGUGCAGUUAACAAAGUUUUCUUGAAUAAUUUUGAAGUCGCUUUAUGUUUGCUUUCAAUUGAACUUUUACAACCUGACCUGUUUUCUUUGUUACUUUUGGUCUCACAAGCCACCUAAUCCAUUGCUGCCAGAGUUUAUGCGGGUAUCUUUGACAUGAAGCGACUCUAGUAUAGUUUCUCCUUCUGGACGGGUUGUAAAUAUCCUGGUUAAGACUCGAACUUAGAUCUCUCGCUUAGGAUUCUAGCGCGGUAUUCAUAAGGCCCUACACUCGCACAACUUUGACCUCUUUUGAAUUAUCAACAGUGAACGUCAAUGGUGACGUCGAACAUAAAGAUGGAGAGGGUAACGACAUGACAAUGAACCCCAUUUACAGAUCACACCCUGGCUACGACAAAAUGGAGUUUCCUCGACACGAUCUGGAGGCCAUCAGGAGCCUGGGUAACGGUGCUUAUGGAAGAGCAUUCUUGGCGCGAGCUAGCGGAAUCCGCGACGGUGAGAAGGAAACCAUGGUGGUGGUGAAGGCAUUGGUGAGUAAUGAUGACCAAGUGCGCGAGGAUUUUAACAAGGAAAUGGAAGCGCUCUGUGGUCUGCAGCACGAUAAUGUAGUCACUCUGCUCGGUGUGUGUAAGGACGAAGAACCAUUUUACAUGAUCUUCGAAUCGUUAGAAAAGGUACGUCUUAACUUAAGGUUUUUCGAGUUUUAGAUGUGAGUAUACAGUCAAAUCACCACAAUUAUUAAACCCUGUAACUCUCAGGAUCUGAUUGUAUAUUCUCCAUUUAGCUGCCACAUAUUUCGCCUUGUAAAUUAGUAGUCUGAAUUUGGUAUUUGAUUAAGAUGGCAACGUCUAUCUAAUAAGUUUAAGUAUAUUCUCAUUUCCUGUUUGCUGGAUUUUGUGUGGAUAUUAUAGGGAGAAGUUACAUGUUUAUCACAACCCAGGGUUAAAGAGUCAAUACUACAGAUGUAAUAGGUGAUUUCUCAUAACAGUAUGAAUACAUUUUCGAGCAAACAAAAAAUGGAAAUGAAAGAAAAAAUAUAACUAGGGGAUUCUAAAUUAUUUAAAUGAUUAUCUUGAACUGAAAUUACUACUAGCGUGCGGGAAGUUGCGGUUGAACGGACGGUUAAACAAACUCUCUAAGAGUUAAGCUAUUACAAUAGUUCCCUAGAGAUCAGAGCACUGUUUUUCCAAAAUACAAGUCAACGUCUGAAAUAGAAGUGGUCUUAUACGAAGCGAGAGGAGGCGGGAAGGAAUGGGAAUCAUUCAGGAAGUUGGAUUGUUGAUGAAGGAAGAGAUACGUGCUUAUUGGCUUAUUCAGUUGACAAAAAAAAAAAGUGUCAAUGAUGUUUAAUCAGAUUGCCAACGGGAAGGGCAAGAUUGCUAUUGCUGUUGCGCUGUAUCUAUUAGCCGUGUUUUUGAUGUCGCAAUCAGUUUGGAGAUGAUAGGAAUCUCGGAUUAACUGUUAAACAAAGAGGUGGCUAAGAUUAGAAAGGUAUAAUUUCAACUUAACCGCAAGAGAUAAAUGGAUCAAAGGCGGUGAACGGUGAUAGAUAACAUGAGACUAAAUUUCUAAUGGUUAACCAGAAAACCCUGGCCGUAAUAUUCUCACCAAUUUUUGGCCAAUGUAAAAUAUUAGAAAUGAUCGUGAAAUACGAUCAUACGAUCAUGAAAUGAUCGUGAAAUACGAUCAUACGAUUCAAAUCUAAGAAAGUUGUUAAUUUUUCUACCUCAAUGUUAAUCCUAUAACAUUUUGCAAGUGACGCUGCGUCGUUGGGUUAUGGAAAGACAGUUUAGUUUUAUCAACUGAAUUGAUAAGCGUAAAUUAGCCAUCAGAAAGAGUUUCUUAAGAUAGCAUUUCGAGCGUUAUCCCUUAGUCGUAGCGAAUGACAAAGUCUCAACACUCGAAACGUCAGUUGUAGGCGGAAUUGACAUGCGCUCUCUUUGUUAUCGCUGAUAGAACGCUAAAUACUUUGUUUCUUAACAAAAGGAAAAGAAAAGCCGAACAGAAAUGUGACUCCUAACUGUUUAAGCUGGGGGUAAAUCGAUUCCCCUGCUUUUUAUGCAAAAAAAAGAAACUCGAAUCCGAUGAACUAAGAUCACUAUCUUAAAUAACUUGCCAUGCCAUUUAAGUCUAACCGCAGUGACUGCGGUUAGACUUUAAUUUCCGGGCAUGAUAGAGGCUUAGAAAUUAGCAUUAAGGAUUAGUUAGCAACGACCGACUGUAAUGGAUGACGCCGCUGAUUUCAUAUUUGAAAAUCCAUGGAAGAAAAUUUACAUCAGGUUACAAAAGCAGGUUAAUUUUUUUUACGAUUGCAUUGUUUACUUGUCACCUCAUUUGUGGAUUAAUGGAUUUUUUCGGCCAAGUUUCCAUGUGGUCUCAUCUGGACACCCUACUUCCAAUAAUGGAAUUGUGUUUGAGUAGAGUUCCAAAGUGAGUCCUGUCCGAAGAAGGGUAACACAAAUCUUGUCGAGUUAUCAUAAACCUGCAGCUUAGUGACAACUCUUUCCUACCGGUGGUGAUUUUCUCGCAAAUUAACAGGAUAUUGCAGACCCAGAAGGGGGCAAUUAUCAUAAAACAUAUAUUUAGGUAGGGGUUUAACUUGGGUGUGCCGUGAACUAAUCGGCUUUCUGGUGUUAAAUCGCCCUCAUGUUGGAUGUCCGCGGCUUAAAAAAAUAAUCUUAUGUGCUACAUUGAUGGCGAAAUUAUAUUUUUGCGCGAUCUGUCAGAAGGCCUCCUAAGUUUGUUUGAGUCGAAGGUCACGAAAAAAAACGAAGGAAAAGAAAUCAUUUUUUACUAAGUAUUUCAAUUGACUAACGAGAUAAAAAGCGUGCGUUGGUGUUUCUGAGAAAAUUAGACACGGAUUAACUGGAAAGACAAUUGGAUGCUUCUUUCAUGUCGCAAUAAAUUGUCGCACUGUUAAAUAGUUUAUUUGCAAGAAACUUUAAAAGCGUUUGUUUUACUCCACUUUUUGCUUUGAUAGUUCCUAAACCUUUUAAACGAUUCCUUAUAAACAAAAUUUGUUAUCGGGAUAACAUUGCAAAUGUUAAAGAGCGAAAGAGAGGUCUUAAUUGAUUUAUUUGUAUUUAAGUUUGAAAAUAACUUGCGCGGGAUUUAAAACCGUUCCUCGAUCUCUAAUCCUUAUCUUCUCCUUUGGCGCUUUUACUUCAUUGAAUGACCGAGACAAAAUUCCUCCUUACAUUAAAAUAUUGAGCUGACAGGUGGUGUGAAUGAAGAAAAAUGUUAAUUUGGGGAUUGUUAGUUGAUCCAAUACCAAAUUCUCAGAAGUAAAUUCAUAAGAAUUUUAUAACAGACUUUAAGGAGAACUACUAAUGAGACCUUUGAAGUGAAUUGGUGAAUGAUGGAACUAUAACCUACUAGUUAACAUUUGAGGCUUGGUUUUUGUCGCAAUAAGCUAAAUUGUGGUUUGUUUUUGUAACUUGUGUUGUGAUUGGUUGGCGUGCAGAACCCGCGUAAACUCUUCACAUUUUUCAAGCGAGCAGGAGCACGUGCUUGACCUGCCAUUCUUGCUUGCCUCGUGCCUCCGUGCGCUCGCCUGUUCUGUAGGCUUGUUAUAUUAUGCGUUAAUUGUUUAAUGGUUCGCCGAAUAUCCAAUCAUAUUAUUAGAGAAUGGUGGGGAAAUUAUAGUUUAUGGAAUUUUUUCCCUCUUCUUUUUUAGGGCGACUUAAAGCAGUACCUUCUGUCUUGCUAUGAUAACGGCCGAAGUACGUUGAAUUCUAAUCAGAAACUCGCCAUUUGUGGACAACUGGCGACGGGAAUGAACUAUCUAAGCUCGCAACACUUCGUCCACAAGGAUCUUGCUGCAAGGAAUUGUAUGGUUGGUCGCGAUGUGCAGAUCAAGAUAGGCUUUUUGAGUUUCAGUUACGAUCUCUACAACAAGGAGUAUUACCGCUUCAACAACGUACAGAUACCGUUAAGGUGGAUGCCUCCAGAGGCCAUUUUCGACGAUGAUUUCUCCGAGAAGAGCGACGUUUGGUCGUUUGGAGUGUUGGUUUGGGAGAUUUACACUCUUGGUCAGCUGCCGUAUCACGAUCGGUCGAACGAGGAGGUCCUGAAAUGCGUUAAGGAUGAUCUGCGUCUGCCAAAGCCUGAUAACUGCCCGGAUACGGUUCUCGAGGUUCUGGAGAAAUGUUGGGAAGGGAAUCCGCUGGCUCGCCCGUCCUUUGCGGAACUUAUGGAUGACGUAGCGGGGAUUAGCGUGGAUAGUCACGUUUGAUUUCAUGGCGUAACCAACCCGCUUGAAUUCUGUAAUGAAGUUAGACUCCCUGAACCGUGAACCACUUCCAUACUAGCCAGUGGUUUCGUGAUUUUUCAACCAAGGUGAUUACAAAGUGCCGAAUAGAACUAACUUAUUUCUUGCUGACAGUGUAAUUUCAAAUUAGUGGCACUUGGAGAGAUUUUGAACUGAAGGCUUAUGAAUGAUGCUUUCUAGAUUGCUGGACGUUGUUGUUUUUUUUUUUUUCACGAUUAUGGAAUGCAAUUAUUUUUUUAGGCCAGAAUCUCGUGAAGGGAUUGUAUUUUUGCGCACAAGUUUCUGCUAAAGAUCAGGGAGUUAAAUUUAUUUCAAUUGCUUUGAAAUCCAUACCGACGUGGUAUCAGCUACGACUGAUGGUGAAUCUAUUUUAACCGAUCGAUACAAAAGCCUUUACAAAGGAAUCUGGACAGAAAAAAGCAAAAUUGAACUUGAAAGUACAAGCGAUUUGUUGGCCAUCCUUUUUCCUCGCAACUGAUUGCCAAGAAGGCAGAACUUGAAAGAGUUUAGAAGGAUUUCGUAAUCUCCUUGGACUUGUACGCGUGUGCAGGUAAAUUACAUAGACCAGUCCAGAUCGAGAUAACAUAAAUUCGGUGGAAAAUCUCUGUAGCAGUGAACACCGCAAAAAGUCUAGGUUUAUGAUUUAGAAACCGGAUUACUGGAAUAUUUUUUGCUCUGAACUAGUUUAAGUUUGGCGUGGUGGGCAUAAAAUUAAUAUUUUUUUUUUAAUCACGAUAGCUUGCGUAGCCAACCAGAACGUGAAGAUAAACUUGCCAAAUAACUAAAACAACGCGCGCGUUAUUUUUAUCAGCCUUGAAUGCUUCGAUAAAGGUAUUUUUCUGUUUUAUUGUUACAGAUAUUAUUGUAUUUUUUAAACUUGAAUUUGUACAAGGGGUCAAGAUAAAUUAGCUUAGAUUUAAUUCAUUUUGAUGGGAUGUGAUGUACUAAUUACUGUUAUUGUGCUAGUAAAUAAAUGUCAGAUUCGUGUUGUCUUACGUCAUAAACCUUGUGACUGAAGCAGAAACGAAGGUGAUUUUUAGGUAGACCCAGGUUUUUGAAGGUGAAUUAGAGGUUAUGUUUAGGUACACGGUUGCCUAUAGUAAAUUGUUUGCUUCCACUAAAUAAUCGCGCCAUAAAUGUAAAAACGUGUUAAUGGGUUCGGUAGCUUUCUUGGAGAAAUUUUCCAGUCAUUUAAGUUAAUAGCAUUAGUCGAAAGGUUAAAAAAAAAUGUUAGAUUUAAAAGUAAUUUUAUAAACUUGAAUUCCAGUUAAGCAGGGAAACCCUUAUUUUAUUAUACAUUUUGUUUUUCUUGGUCGUAAACCUUAGUGUUAGAUUUGAAGAUGUUUAUGAUAAAUGCCAGUCUCUUGACAACUUCGUACCCAGCCCUUCCCCGCUCAUCAACAGUCAAGUGUUAAUGUUGUGCUAGGGGAGGAGUAGGUGUGCAAUUGCCCAGAUACUGACAUUGAUAUGAUUUUUUACGACGUCAAGAAUUACAAGGUUAUUUUUUUAUUUGUAACCAUUGGAAUUCUCUGUUUGAAGGAGUUCCUAGAUCCAGGCUACUUUUGAAGGUGCUGCGGAAAUUAUUUAUGUAAGCUGACUGCUUUUUGUGUGAAUUGUAGAGCGUACUAGUCGCUUUUUUUAUUGAGUGGUAGUAGAGGGGCUGCGUGCUUGCUUCUAAGGUGUAUUGGUAGAGUAGAUUAUAGUUCAAUUUGUAAAGUUAAAGUAAUAAUUUUUUUUGUGCGUUUUGCGAUUAUAGUUUUAGAAUCAGAAACAAUGUAACUUAGCAAUUGUAUUUAGACCUAAACAGAUUACUCUAUGAUACAUUAUAGAACUGAUAUCGUGUUGAGAAAUUUGUUAUUUUCAAUUGAGACUUUCACCUGAAAAAUGUACAUAUUCUUAGUAAUUUGCAGAUUUUUUUUCGGUUUAACAAUCCGUGUGAUCUUAGCUACCUGCAAUUCAAUUUAAAAAACAAAUAAAAUUGUAGAUUUUAUUUGACAUAAUCAUUAGGUUGGUUGCCAUUGCUGUUUGUGACUCGUUGAAGUUUACGAUCUCUGCUCGGUUCUCAUUCUGAGAAACUGUGACAGUGCGGAGUACUAGAUGUGGGGUUAGGGAAAGAAGAACCAAAAUUCGAUGCUCGUCUGACCUGCACAAAAUUGAGUUACAAGUUUUGGAACUGAGGUUAAAAAAAAAAGCGCGCAGAAAUUUUGGGUAUGGAC